UCAAUUCUCACCGCCGGCGGUGAGCAGAGAUGACAGGUCGUUGUGGAUCAGGUUGGCGGCAGCAGCGGUCUCCAACUCAUAGGGCACUGAAUGACGACAGACAGACAAGGCGGAUGACACACAAGAUGAACAGACGACCACCUUCCUGCACCCACUGCCUGCCUUGCAUACCUUCGACGUGCAUCUUUAUGUUGCAAAUCGACGGCAACUUCUCCGACCCCCACCCGUCCUGCGUGAGACUGAGACGACCGCAAACGCUCGAAUUACCCACAUGGACCCCAGCCGUUCCUCUCCCCUCUGCUCACAACUCUUGAAAACAUCACAGUGCUGCUGUAGGUGCUUGAUGAUGGCGGGGCUGGAGGAGGGGGCGCCGGGAGGGGGGACGAAGCCCCAAAUGGCAUUGUCGACAGUCACAAAUCUCACGUUGUCGAAUGAGAGGCUCUUUGCGAUCUCGAUGGCCGCUUGGCUCGGGCUGUCGAUGGGGUGGGUAAAGUCAUGCUGGCCGAUGCCGUACGCCACCUGUCCCGCCUGAAGUGCCGCCUCCUGCAGGAGAUUAGCAGAUAGAGGAAAGACGGCCUGGCGCUCGCGGCUUGCCGCCUCGGCUCAGAGAUAUCGUCGGUCGAAGACCUCAACAGAAAAGGCAAUGAAUACCGUCCGCAUCUUCCAGUUGACACCACUGCUGCCAAAGACGUCCAUUGCAAAGAUCUCCAUCCCUUUGCCGCUCAACGCCACUGCACCCAAAUAAGCGGUCCACCCAGUCAU